AUGACCGUAUUAGACGCAUUUUCCCAACAAGCGCAACAUGGCGACUGCUGCAACAGCAACAGCAACAGCAACAGCAACAGCAUGGGCAGGGGUGCCUCGACAAGCCGGUGUGUGCUAAAUCACCAUCUGUGCAACUCGCCGCGCAAGAGAAAUGAUCUGGCAGAUUCAAGUCGCGACCCAAACAGCAUCACGGCUCCCGCUGCGACCAAGACAAAGACCGACUCGGGCAUCACCCACACCAUCCCCAACAACUCCGUCGUCACGGUGACCAAGCACACCGUCAUCUUUUCGGAAGCUCCCUCGGUUUCGACGACGUCGCUUACCACUGCAGAACCAGAAUCCACAUCUGAGACGGGUCCGCCUACGCCGGCGUGCCAGACUUGCAGUCAGGCACCAGCGAGCACGGCAAGACCGCCUGAUGCUGGUUCCCUUGGCAUCUCGUCCGGGGCCAUCGCAGGGGCGGCCACAGGAGCUGCGGUCAUACUGGCGCUGGUGGUUGUCAUCUGCGUGGUUUCGCGGCGACGGGCCCGCCGUGGAGAGCAUCCCGAUCCGGUCGAGACGGAAACCCUGGGACGACGCUCGCCAGUUGAAGGUGGCUAUGAGAAGCACGCUGGUGCCGACGCCCACUGCGGAAGCGAUCCAUUUGCCCCCUUUGGAGGUCGUGCUGAUCAAACCGACUACCGCCAUCGUCCACCGAGCGGGACAUUCGAGAUGGACGGGACGGGCAUCGCGCCAGUAGAACUGCCCGCAGUGAGCGUGACGGAGGUUGCAAACGAUGGCGAGACCGUAAUGUCCGGCAGGGCAGUCUGCCCAGUGAAGAAGGACAUUUUCGACCCUACUUUGAAUCUUGGUUCCGCAAAUUGGCCCACAGGAAAAUAUCACGUACCCGAGUAA